UUGCUAGGUUAUUCACCCGGAAGAGCACGGUAUUCAUCUUCCAGCUGACUGGGAUGGAUCGAUAAAUCAAGAUAAGAGAUAACUAGCAUCCACCCUUUUAGCAGAUUACAUGGGUGAAGUCAAUAAAUUGAGGAUUUCUCCUUUAUAAUUUGCAUUAAAUUCCCCUUGAAGGCGAUUGAACCAGACAUCACGAUUGGAUGACAAAUCAUUCCUCUUUGCAGGUGUCUCAGGCAGGGUGGAUCCAGCAUUCUGGGACUGAUGACCGGUGGUCUGACAAGAAGAUUAGAAGAUCGAUUUCCAGAGACUCUAGGAGGAACCAUGGCUAAUAAGGUGAAAUGGGUGACCGACAUUGAGAAAUCCGUACUCAUCAACAACUUUGAGAAGAGAGGAUGGACUCAGGUCACAGAGAGCGAGGAUUGGAACUUCUACUGGAUGAGCGUCCAGACCAUCCGGAACGUGUUCAGUGUGGACACGGGUUACCGUCUCUCGGAUGAGCAGAUGGUCAACCACUUCCCCAACCACUACGAGUUGACCAGGAAGGACCUGAUGAUCAAGAACAUCAAACGCUACCGCAAAGAUAUGGAGAAGGAGGGAAGCCCGCUGGCCGAGAAAGACGAAAACGGGAAAUACCUUUAUUUAGACUUUGUGCCGGUGACGUUCAUGCUUCCGGCGGAUUAUAAUCUGUUUGUGGAGGAGUUCCGUAAGAGUCCUUCCAGCACGUGGAUAAUGAAGCCGUGUGGGAAGGCUCAGGGAAAAGGCAUUUUCCUCAUCAACAAACUUUCCCAGAUCAAGAAGUGGUCCCGAGACAGCCGUACCUCCACGUUUGUAGCGGCCUCAAGUGGCAAGGAGGCCUAUGUCAUCUCUCUGUACAUCGACAACCCACUGCUGAUCGGAGGCAAGAAGUUUGACCUGCGUCUCUACGUGUUGGUUACCACCUAUCGACCUCUCAAGUGUUACAUGUAUAAACUGGGUUUCUGCCGGUUUUGCACAGUGAAGUACACCCCCAGCACUAGUGAACUGGACAACAUGUUUGUGCACCUGACCAAUGUGGCCAUUCAGAGACAUGGGGAUGACUAUAACCAUGUCCACGGUGGGAAGUGGACGGUCAGUAACCUGCGUCUGUACCUGGAGAGCACCAGGGGGAAGGAGGUGACCAGCCGACUGUUUGACCAGAUCCACUGGAUCAUGGUGCAGUCCCUAAAGGCUGUCGCUCCCGUCAUGAACAAUGAUAAACAUUGCUUUGAGUGUUAUGGAUAUGACAUCAUCAUCGAUGACAAGCUGAAGCCAUGGCUCAUUGAGGUUAACGCUUCUCCGUCACUCACCUCCAGCACAGCCAACGACCGGAUCCUGAAGUACAAUCUGAUCAAUGACACUCUCAACAUCGUCACACCCAACGGGGACAUUCCCGACUGCCGCUGGAACCGCAGCCCACCCCGAGAGGCCCUGGGCAACUACCAAGUCCUGUACGACGAGGAGCAGGCGCUGAGCGAGAAUGUAGAACGUGACCUACGGAGUCGCUCAGGCCAGUCGCUGGGGUCUAAGGGAAUGGCGAAGGGGGGAACAGGGCCUCGCCCAGCUGCCGCCACCUGGAAGUGAGGUGGUAUUGUCCAAAGCCUCACUGUGCCUCACUGUCCCUUCACUGACCUCUCGUCGCUCUUCCUGUGUCAUUCAUGGGGGAAAGAGGGUCGGGGGCAAGGGACGACCCAGACAGAGGGAUGGAAGGAUGACAGGGAGGGAGAGGACCCAGUAAGCUCUGAGGACCCUACCACAAGCAAGGACACGUGUGUGUCAGUACAGAAAGGAUCACACACACUCACGUUUAGCAGAAGCUCUGUAUAAUACACCAAAUUAUAGUAUUUAUCAACCUUUUAUAUAACAAUGGGAAGGGGACGUUCUCAGAUGACUGUUAGAGGAUUUCAAUCAAUGCACAUGUUUGAAUAAUGUUUUCAUAUAUUGUUGUGGAAUUGUUUUACUUGAAUGUUUUUUUUAUGUUUUCAAGCAGAAUAUUUGCUAGGUUAAGACACAUCGGCGUGUGUAAUUAUUCUGUUAAUGUCUGAAAACCGACAGGAUUCACCUCUUUAUUUUGAAAUGUAUGACCAGAAAAGCAUUUGCUUUUUGUUGACUGUAUGAAACAUAGUGUAAUGGAUAAUGCUAACAACAAACAAAAGUAAGACUGGAAUGUGAGCUUUGAAGCGUUUGCUUUUCAAGCCACUGGAGUCGGCUAUAAAGUGUAUAAGGCUACAGUAUGCAUAAUUACUUUUACAAAACUGAGAGACUUGUUCAAUGUUUGGUUAUACAACUUUACUUUUUAGUUGUUACUCAUAAAUUUACCUUUGGGAUUAAGAAAUGCUUUUACAGUUAAAUAUCUGGAUAUAAAGUGAUGAGGUCAGCUCUUCAAACAUUGAAGUACCUUUCAUUUUGUGUUGUGGAUGACAUUGCCAUGCCAACAAAUAUUUUCCUGUGGUGUGACCUUGGAGGGGUGACCUCGAAACCAGGGUUGCGUCCCAAAGGGCACCCUAUUACCUAUGGGCCCUGGUUAAAAGUAGUGCACUAUAUAGGGAAUUGGGUGCCAUUUGAGACACUGACCAGCACACCCUUGGUCUGCCUGUGUGUUUAAGAUAAUCCCAUUCUGGUCACAGUGUGUGGUCACCUCGAGCGGUUGGCAUACAAGAGACUAAAGCUGAAGCUGACUAAAGCUGAAGCUGACUAAAGCUGAAGUGGCUACUGAGCUACAACAGACUGAACCAUCUGAUUGUGUGAAAGUGAACAUGAUGUAAUAACCCAUAGAGUAUCUUUAUUCAUUUCUUAUAUACAGUACCAUACAUCCCAUCCCACCCCACCUCACUGUGGUCCCCAGAGUUGUUAAAGGGAUAGUUCACCCAAAGGAAACCAAUAUGUCAUUUUGUAAUUUGGGUGAAUUAUCACUUUAACAGUCACCAUUAGGUUUAGCCUUGAAUUAUUUGGACUUUUUUGUAUAGAAGACUGUACCAUGUUUUAUAUAUACUAAUAUGGUGCUGCUACCUUUGUCUUACAGAUGAUUUUAGUACACAAUGAAAUAUACUGUUACAUUAAAAUAACGUAUUUUUAUGUACUUUUGACAAUAUUUGGUUAUGCAUUUCAUGUCAUCCUUUUACCCUCAUUCUUUGUUAAAUACAGGUAGCUGCAAUUAUGUUUUAUAUACAUGUACUGAAUAUAGGAAUUAUAACAUGAAAUGUUUUUGGUUUUUAAAGGUAUUAAUAAUUCCUGGUGCCUCAAAUGUCUGCAUGUAAUAAAUCCAAUUAAACAAUGGGG